AUGGCUGAAUCGGGGACAUGGGCGGACGAGCGGGUCCACCUAGCCGCAGCCCGAGUCCUUUUGCAAGAUGUUCUCUGCAUCAGCUGGAACCCCAACCAGCAUAAAUUUUACUACACCGUCACAGACAAGUUCCCAGACUCGUUCAUCGUCCCGGUGCUCUACAACGGGGUCAACCACUAUGACCUCUUGGAGGAGGCUGCCUUGCUGGGGCAAGGCAUUGUUCCAGACCACCGCUUGCGAAAAGUGCGCAAGCAGAUCCACAAAACCGCCGUGCGGUGGACGGGGGCGGAGGAGGCAGCGGCGGAGGAAGGUGAAGAAAACCGGCGACCUGGAGCUCUCAAGACCUGGACCACGAAGUCCAUGGUCGACGGCGGGAAGCACGACCGAAUUCUGGCACCCACAACGGUCCAGAAGCAUGUGCACGGGUACAGAUCACUGUGCUACUUUUUGGUCCAGCAGAGCCUGGUCACCGAACCGGUGACGUUCGAAGAGGCGCUCACGAAGGAUAACCUCACAGCCUAUCUAAGCCACGUGCAGCACAAGAACACCGCGCGCAGCACGUUUAAGGCGUGGAGGACUUCCAUGGUGGUGUUCGUGGGGCUGGCUCUAAGGAAUGGGCCCCUGGGGGAGGGCGAAUUGCUCUUGGAG